ACACUCUAUAAAAACCAAACAUCUCUAUGAACUCUCUUCAAUAAAACCAAACACAUAGGUUUAAACUUCAUUAAAUCACCCUCUUUAAUUUCCAUUUUCAACUUAUUUUUGUUCUCCAAUUUUUGUUGGUAUUAAUCUUCUAGUUCUCAGAAGAACGCAUCCAGUGAUUCAGAGUUUAUCUGCAAAAUAACUAAAACUCACUAUCUAUCUUAGAAAUGAGUGUUGGGUCUAACUCAUCCUUACAAAAUCAGCUUGUAAGGUGAAAAUUGCCACUUACUUAUAAACCCUUGUCCAGGCUAACUCACAUCCGAUGUGAGACUUCUUAACACACUCCCUCACGCCAUCACUAUUGGGCUUGGUGCGUGAAUAUGAAUGGUGGUGACCCGAUAGUGGGUGACCCAAUGGAUCUUGGAGAGGUUCUGAUACCAUCUUAGAAAUGGGUGUUGGGCCUAACUCAUCAUUACAAAAUCAGCUUAUAAGGUGAUGAUGAUUGCCUCUUACUUAAAAAUCCUUGUCCAGACCAACUCACAUCUGAUGCGAAACUUCUUAAAGGACUAAAAAUUAUUUCAGUAACAUAAAUUUUUUCGAAAUUUUUUUUGUGAGAAGAACUUAUUAAUGACUCAAGCUCAACUACUUAGUUUAUGAUUUAAAUAUCACUCAACCUUCUUCAACCACAACUACAACUUCACUCACUCUCUCUCUCUCUCUCUCUCUCUCUCUCUCUCUCUCUCUCUCUCAACUAUACUACCUUUUGUCAGAUCUCAAUCCUCUAAUUGAACCUUCUUUUUUCAACCAUUUUAUUUAGUAUUAAUAGAAUCAGUAACUGUUUCUUGCAUGCUUAGUUUUUUUUCAUACAAGUCUCACAUCUCAUGCUUUGAAAACAGCUAUUUUCUGCCAAUUCUUUUCCACAGAAACCGCAUUUAAGACUCUGAUUCUCUUACCUUAACAAGCAUAUUUAAGACUCUGUUUUUUUCAUUCUUUUGGAGAACAACACAUCAUAGAGAGAGUGAAAGUUCAAAAAAACUACCGCAUCAACUGGCCUAUAAUCUUGCUUUGUUACCUUCUUUUGAUUGAUAAGAAGAGUAACGUGUUGUGUUUGGUUGAAGUUACGAGAAAGUUUCACAUGACACACACACCUCAUUAAAAACAAAAACAAACAAAAAAAGACUCUGUUUUUCCUCUGUUUCUGUGUUAUAAAUCUUGUUGAGAAGCCUUUUCGAAUUUCAUCACAAAAGUGAAGAAAACUGAAUAAGUUUAGAAACAAUGUUAUCAGAGAAACAAGGUGAAGAAACAAUGAUGUCAAGUCUUAAUGAAACAACUGAAGUGAAUGAAGAAAGAGAAGAAGAAAGAGGAGAAAGUUCAACUUCUGGUUUUAAGAAUUUUCUUUGGCAUGGUGGUUCUGUUUAUGAUGCUUGGUUUAGCUGUGCCUCUAAUCAGGUUGCACAGGUUCUGUUAACACUGCCAUAUUCAUUCUCUCAGCUAGGAAUGAUAUCAGGAAUUGUAUUCCAAAUCUUCUAUGGAUUGCUUGGUAGUUGGACUGCUUAUUUGAUUAGCAUUCUUUAUGUUGAGUACAGAAGCAGAAAAGAGAAAGAGAAUGUCAGCUUCAAAAAUCAUGUCAUUCAGUGGUUUGAAGUGUUGGAGGGAUUACUUGGUCCAUAUUGGAAAGCAAUUGGAUUGGCCUUCAACUGCACUUUCCUUCUCUUUGGAUCUGUAAUCCAGCUCAUAGCUUGUGCAAGUAACAUAUACUACAUAAAUGAUCACUUAGACAAGAGAACAUGGACUUACAUUUUUGGAGCUUGUUGUGCUACAACAGUGUUCAUACCUUCAUUCCAUAACUAUAGGAUAUGGUCUUUCCUUGGACUUGGUAUGACCACUUACACUGCUUGGUAUAUGACCAUUGCAGCCCUUGUUCAUGGCCAGGUUGAAAAUGUGGUUCACUCGGGCCCAAAGAAAAUGGUUUGGUAUUUCACUGGCGCCACAAACAUACUCUAUACUUUCGGCGGCCACGCAGUUACAGUGGAAAUUAUGCAUGCAAUGUGGAAACCUCAGAAGUUCAAAGCUAUAUAUUUUUUUGCAACACUUUAUGUGUUCACAUUAACCCUACCAUCUGCUAUUGCUGUUUAUUGGGCCUUUGGUGACCAACUUUUGGACCAUUCAAAUGCUUUCUCUCUUCUUCCUCGUAAUGCCUGGCGUGAUGCUGGUGUUGUCUUAAUGCUCAUUCAUCAGUUUAUCACCUUUGGAUUUGCUUGUACACCAUUGUACUUUGUGUGGGAGAAAGUGAUAGGAAUGCAUGACACAAAGAGCAUAUUUUUAAGGGCACUUGCAAGGUUACCUGUGGUGAUACCAAUAUGGUUUUUGGCUAUAAUUUUCCCUUUCUUUGGUCCUAUUAAUUCAGCUGUAGGGGCUCUUUUGGUUAGUUUCACUGUCUAUAUCAUCCCUGCUUCUGCUCAUAUGCUCACUUAUAGGUCUGCUUCAGCAAGACAGAAUGCUGCAGAGAAAUUGCCCAAAUUUAUGCCUAACUGGACAUUAAUGUAUGUGAUCAAUGCAUUUGUGGUGAUAUGGGUUAGUAUUGUAGGCUUUGGAUUUGGAGGGUGGGCCAGUAUGACAAACUUCAUCAAACAAGUUGACACAUUUGGACUAUUUGCUAAAUGCUACCAAUGUCCACCAAAACUACCACCUUCCAACCACACAAUGCAUCACUAAAAAGUGAAGAAAAAAAAAUCUAUGGUCUUUUAUUUGUUUUAAUCCUAUUUUUCAUCUCUUUUUGUUUAAUCUCCAUAUGGAUACAUUUAUUUAAUGUUGGUGUUCCCUUGUGUAGCAAAGCAAUAUUGUUAUAAUUUAAAUUGGUUUUUGAUAAUCAUUUUGGAUAUAAGCAUAACCAUAAACUUGAUUAUAUAGCCAACAUGUAUAUGGUUUGAUGUUUGGUAAUUGGCAUGUAGUGACAUCAAGUGAAGCAUGCAUGUUUUUAAUAAUGCAUUUUCUCCAUUAUCAAA